AUGCUUGAACAAAGUGACCAACACGCCAAAGCAAUGGAGAAAAAUGACCAAAACUUAGUAAGGAAAGUAUCAAAUUACGCACGAAGAGGGCGAGGUGGAACAACACGUGGGAGAACGGCUGCACGACGUGGAUUUAACUCGCAGAACCGUGGGAAUUUUCGGGAGACUGGCCAAUCGUAUCAGCGCGGGAAUUAUCGGCGCGCGUUGCCAACCAAUAAAUGCAGGAAUUGCGGAUAUGAAUUUCCCCACAGAGAAAAUGAUAUUAUUGAAGAAGUUAUAAAUGAACAUACACCUUGGGUUUCACCAAUAGUCACACCUCCAAAACAAAAUGGCGAUGUUAGACUCUGUGUUGAUAUGAGAGAGGCCAAUAAAGCCAUAGAAAGGGAAAGACAUCAAAUGCCGACGAUAGAUGAACUAAUUUAUGAUAUGAAUGGAGCAAAAAUAUUCAGCAAGCUUGACCUUAAAGCCGGGUACAAUCAGCUUGUCUUACAAGAAGAAUCGCGGUAUAUCACAACAUUUGCUACACACAUGGGGCUUUAUCGGUAUAAACGUUUGAAUUUUGGGACAAAUUCUGCUAGUGAGGUAUUUCAAAAGACCAUAAGUGAAGUAAUACAGGGUAUAGAGGGAUCUAAAAAUAUUUCGGAUGAUAUUAUUGUAUACGCGAAAAAUCAAAGUGAUCACGAUAAAGCAUUAGAUAAAGUUUUCCAGGCUAUACACGAAAGUAGCAUGACAUUAAACAGAUCUAAAUGUGAGUUCAAUAAAAAGGAAAUCACUUUUUUUGGAGUAGUAUUCGGGCAAAAUGGAAUGUCACCUUCACCUCAGAAGGUAGAGGCAGCCAAACAAAUGCUGGAGCCUUCAAAUGUGACGGAAAUGAGAAGUUUUCUGGGAAUGACGUCAUAUUCGUCACAGUUUAUACGAAACUACGCGACAAUCUCUGAACCGUUACGACGUCUUACAAGAAAUGACACUCAAUGGGAAUGGGGCAGUGAGCAGCAAGCAGCAUUCGAGAAAUUAAAAAGUGAACUGAGCAGUGAAACUGUCAUGGCAUACUUCAAUCCGAGCAAAGACAUUGAAGUAAUAACAGAUGGAUCACCUGUGGGAGUCUCGGGAAUACUCACACAAGAAGGCAAGGUGGUGGCUUAUGCAUCUCGAUCUUUAACACAAGUGGAAACGAGGUACAGUCAGACAGAACGAGAAGCACUGGCUUUGGUAUGGUCAUGCGAACAUUUUGCGAUGUAUCUAAAGGGAGCACCAACAUUCACAUGCAUUACAGAUUGCAUGCCGUUAACUAAAAUUUGGGAAAAGAAACAACCACCACUAAGAAUCGAACGUUGGGGAUUGCGACUUCAACCGUUCAAAAUGAAAAUAGAGUAUAGGUCAGGGAAAGGUAAUCCCUCAGACUUUAUGUCCCGUCAUCCAUUAAAAUAUAUGGAAGAACGAAAUAUAGCAGAGGAAUACGUGUCAUUUGUCGCAGAACAAUCAUUACCAAAUGCAAUGACAGUAGAUGAGGUAAAAAUGGAAUCAUUGAAAGAUAAGACAAUGCAAAAGGCAGUCGAAUUUACAAAGAAUGGUAAAUGGUAUGAAUUGAAAACACUGAAUGACCCAGAAAUAGACAAAGAAGAAUUAUCAUCUUUUCGUAGUAUAAAGGACGAACUGACUGUGUAUCAUGAAACAUUAUUGAUGAAAAAUGAUAAACUAGUGAUUCCAAAAUCACUCCGUGAAAAAGCAAUAAAACUAGGACAUGAAGGUCACCAAGGAAUUGUGAAAACAAAAAGUUACAUAAGAUCGAAAAUAUAUUUUCCAAACAUGAAUUCUGAAAUCGAAGCUGCAAUUCAAAAGUGUUUAGCAUGUCAAUCAAAUUCAAAUGAACAAAGACCGCGUGAACCUUUGAGAAUGAGUGAAUUGCCGUCGGGACCUUGGCUCAAUAUAAGCGCUGACUUUUGUGGUCCGUUAGAAAACGGGGACUAUUUACUUGUGGUAAUAGACGAGUAUUCGAGAUAUCCGAUAGUUGAAAUAAUAAAAAAUAUUUCAGCAAACACAGUUAUACCGGUGUUCGACAAGAUUGUAUCAAUGUUUGCUAUAUACCGAAAGUGA